GUGCUCCCAGGCCCUGCUCCUCUGCGUGCAGUUUCUCCACCAGGUGGUGGACACGUGGCUUCUGACAGGCAGGUGGGGGCACCGCGCCUUCUAUGGUCCCACCGUGGUUCCAGAGGCGCCUUAUCGGCGUUGGCAGGUGGUCUUCCCUUGGCGCUCGUGCCCAGACACCCAGCGCUCGUGUUUCUCGUCCUCGGCCUGGCAGGCUGCAGCCCAGGGGCGGGCAGAGCCCAGAGCGGAGAGCCUGUGAGACGGAACCUCAGCGGAGCCCUUUGUGGGAGGAGUAAUGGCACUUCCCAGGCCUGCCUUGUGGCAGGAGUGCGCUGGGCUGCAUGUAAUGGGAAACCCAUAGACAGGGGGGUUUCUCUUUCUCCUGUCCUAAUGAAUUCUGGCCUGGGUAAUGCACCAGCAGUCCAGGCUCCUUCUGUCUGUCUGUCUGCCUGCCCCCCGGUUUCAGCCUGUGUCUCCAUCUUGGUGCUCGAACGCACAUCCGUGCUCCCAGCAGGAAGGCAAUGGGAAGGAGAUGCUGUGACCUUUUCUGUAAAGAGCGCAGCGGAUCGCCCAGUAGACAUCUGUGUGGAUCUCAGUUGCCAGAACUGGGACACGUGCCCCUCCAGCUGCAAGGGAGCUUGGGAAGCUGUGUCGUAACUGGGCACAAGCAAACACGGGGUUCUCUUGGGAAGGAGUCUAGAGACUCGGGUCACCCAUGCGCAUAGGGGCUUGUCGCCUCGAUCAGAUCUGCCACCACCCAAAAGAUGGGGACCCUGUCUUGCUCAGCCCUGUCCCCUCCAGGCAUGGAGCCUGGCACACAGAAGGUGCUUAGCAAAUAGUGGGGGGGAGGGGGGCGGCUCCUGCUCUCAUCUGAGGGGAAAGCCACUAAUCUGAAGGCAGAGGCCUGGCCCUUGCGCUCAGGGAACCCGCAGUCAUAGCCGCCACCCCCCACGGAGGCCACCAGCUCAGACGUGUGCUCGUGUCAGCCCUCUUCGAUGGCAGAACAGCCAGCAGCACGCAGCUCCUGCAGCGUGUGCACCGUGCGCGGGGUUGGCACAGUGGGCGGUCCAUGGAGGCCGCAGCGUCACGCCCCCCACAGCCACUUGGCAAAAGGGAAGGAAGCCCAGCGGGGCUGUGAGGGGGAGAUCCCCUCCCGAAGCUCCAGUCCCGAGACCAUGAAAGCCGACCGGAAGCGCCUGAAGGGCGAGAAGACGGACCUGGUGAGCCAGAUGCAGCAGCUGUACGCCACGCUGGAGAGCCGCGAGGAGCAGCUGCGGGACUUCAUCCGGAACUACGAGCAGCACCGCAAGGAGAGCGAGGAUGCCGUCAAAGCUCUGGCCAAGGAGAAGGACCUGCUGGAGCGGGAGAAGUGGGAGCUCCGGCGCCAAGCCAAGGAGGCCACGGACCACGCCACGGCACUGCGCUCCCAGCUGGACCUCAAGGACAACCGGAUGAAGGAGCUGGAGGCUGAGCUGGCCAUGGCCAAGCAGUCCCUAGCUACGCUGACCAAGGACGUCCCCAAGCGGCAUUCACUCGCCAUGCCAGGCGAGACCGUGCUCAACGGCAACCAGGAGUGGGUGGUGCAGGCGGACCUGCCGCUGACCGCAGCCAUCCGGCAGAGCCAGCAGACGCUCUACCACUCGCACCCCCCGCACCCUGCAGACCGGCAAGCGGUCAGGGUGAGCCCCUGCCACUCCCGGCAGCCUUCCGUCAUCUCCGACGCGUCUGCCGCCGAAGGCGACCGGUCAUCCACGCCAAGCGACAUCAACUCCCCUCGCCACCGGACGCACUCCCUCUGCAACGGCGACAGUCCCGGCCCAGUUCAGAAGAACCUGCACAAUCCCAUUGUACAGUCACUAGAGGAUCUUGAAGACCAAAAACGGAAAAAGAAGAAAGAGAAGAUGGGAUUUGGCUCCAUCUCCCGCGUCUUCGCCAGAGGGAAGCAGCGGAAGUCCCUCGACCCCGGCCUGUUUGAUGACGCGGACAGCCAGUGCAGCCCCACGAGGCAGAGCCUGUCGGAGGGCGAGGAGCAGGUGGACCGGCUGCAGCAGGUGGAGCUGGUCAGGACCACCCCCAUGUCCCACUGGAAGGCGGGCGCCGUGCAGGCCUGGCUGGAGGUGGUCAUGGCCAUGCCCAUGUACGUCAAGGCCUGCGCGGAGAACGUGAAGAGCGGGAAGGUGCUGCUGAGCCUGAGCGACGAGGACCUGGAGCUGGGCCUGGGCGUGUGCAGCUCCCUGCACCGGCGCAAGCUGCGGCUGGCCAUCGAGGACUACCGCGACGCCGAGGCGGGCCGGAGCCUGUCCAAAGCGGCCGACCUGGACCAUCACUGGGUGGCCAAGGCCUGGCUGAACGACAUCGGCCUGUCCCAGUACUCCCAGGCCUUCCAAAACCACCUGGUCGAUGGGCGGAUGCUGAACUCCCUGAUGAAGCGGGACCUGGAGAAGCACCUGAAUGUGUCCAAGAAGUUCCACCAGGUCAGCAUCCUGCUGGGGAUCGAGCUGCUGUACCAAGUGAACUUCAGCAGGGAGGCCCUCCAGGAGCGCCGGGCCCGCUGCGAGACACAGAACACAGACCCCGUGGUCUGGACCAACCAACGGGUGCUCAAGUGGGUGCGAGACAUUGACCUGAAGGAGUACGCAGACAACCUGACCAACAGCGGGGUCCACGGCGCCGUGCUGGUGCUGGAGCCCACGUUUACUGCCGAGGCCAUGGCCACCGCCCUGGGCAUCCCCAGCGGGAAGCACAUCCUCCGGAGACACCUGGCGGAGGAGAUGAGCGCCAUCUUCCCCCCGGCCACCUCCACGGGCAUCCGGGAGGCUGAGCGCUUCGGAACGCCCCCUGGGCGGGCCCCCAGCACCCCCCGGGCGGGGAAGGAGGAGAACAGCAGUGGCAUCAGGCACAAGGCUGGCCGGCUGCCCCUGGGGAAGAUAGGGCGGGGCUUCGGCAGCAAAGAGCCCGAUUUCCAUGAUGACUACGGCUCCCUCCACAACGAAGACUGUGGGGACGAGGACCUCGAGGGCCGGCCAGAGCAGUGCCGCCUGGAGGGCUACAAUGGCCUGGAGGUCACCAACGUGUGAGGAGCCGAUGCUCGGCCAGACCCGACACGGGAGUCACCUGGAGGAAGAGGAGCCGGACACCAUCGCCCCUGUACAUUGUGCCCGCAGCUGAGGAGGCGCCUCAGUCCCGGGAAAAUCCCCGCAGACGCCGCAGCUUCAGAUGGGAGCACAGGGAGCCAGGAGGCGCCCGCCGGAGACGUCCCACUCAGCGGAAGGGCGCUGGCCCCAGGACCUGUUACAUGCCAGCCCCUCCAUCACCCAGGCCCCACCCCAGAGUGACUGACUGUCAGCGCUGUCCUGGCUGCCAAGGCGGAAAGGGGCCCCGACGCCCCAUCCGGGAGGAGCAGGUGGGCUCCACGCAGACAUGCGAGCCCCGCGGGCACAGAGGUCAGCAGGCAAAGCCCAAGGUUGACCCAUCAGCAGGUGACCCUCCAGCCAGUGAGGCGACAGGAAAGGCUGCCCACGGCCGAGACGCCACACGGCGGGAGGGUGCGGCCCAGCAUCCUCGCCCCUGUGACUGAGAGCCUGGGUUCUCUGUGGGGUCGCUGAGCCCCUCUUGGGAGCAAGCGGAACGGGGGAGUCAUUGUCUCUGCCCCGAAAGCCCCGGUCACGGGGGUGGGCGUGUGGGAGUAAUUGCUCGUCCUCCCAGGAGCAGCUCCCGGGUGGGCACAGGUGGAUGGUCCGUGCGGGCCGGGGCUUGGCAAUGGCAGUCCCAGGAAAUGCAACCUCCUGUCAUUGGGCGAAGGGCCGGUGAGGGCAGGAUCAGGGAUGACGGAGGGAGGCCCGGGACAACUGUGCCCCAUGUGGCAGCGGAUCCGGGAUCGGGGCAGGGAGUGCUCACCGCUACCCCACAAACCUUUGUCGCUCUGAUGGCUGUCACCUGCGCAGAGGGGUCCUGGCUGAGAUGAGCCUCGCAGAGCCACGCGGGCGGGAUGGCGGCGAGAACCGCGGGCCUCUGCCUGACUCGCACUGUGUGCUGUGCGGCUUCUCCCGGCGCCUCGCCUCUCUGCACUUCAGCAUCCUCCUCUAACGCUGCUUCCCGGCCGGGGGGUGCGAGGCUAACACUUGCUAACGUCUGUAACGCACUCCGUAGCCUCUCGGGAGGCAGGUGGGAGUCGGGGGUCUAAUCCCCCACAUACCACACAGAACGGACAUGGACCUGCCCCUCUAACUCGGUUAUUUUGGGAACAAUGUGCAAAGGGAGCACAAGGCAUGUGGGAUAUUUCGACCCUUUAGCACCCCUGAUAGGGCUUGAGCGGGGAGAGAGCGAGAGCGAGAGCGAGAGCGAGAGAGAGAGAGAGAGACCCCAUAGGCACAGCCCUUGGAAACCAGUUUGAUUCCAGGGAUCGGCUGGGCUUCCUGGACCCCGACGCUGAGUGAUGAUCCAGGAAGGACGAAACGAGCAUCCCACUGACACUCGGGUAUGGAAGCGGAUCACCUGUUGGAACCACGAUGCCCCACUUCCACUGAAGCCAUGUGCCCGAGCGCCCAGGAGGACAGGGUGUGAAUUCCCAACACUUGAGUCCGCCUCGAAGACCUCUCCAACCCAGGGUGGGCGACACCGACCGAGCCCCGAGGAACUGGGGGGUCCCUCCCAGAGCCAGACCGCACGUCUCCCCCACCCUGACACAAGCACAGCCUCCCUCCCCCGGGGCCAGGUGCCUGGUGGGUGGACAGGGAGACGCCCCCUCUUGUCUGAUGUUUGGCCUCCUCGGGACACAGUUCUGAUUCCGGGGCCUGAGGCGUGAAGCUCUGGGACCUGCCCUGGCUCCGCUGAGGGUCCAGACCCCAGUGUCUCUGUGGCAUUCAGCCACACGCGGGCCGGAGCUGCAGAGCCCACAGCCGGGGCAGGAGAACCAGGCGCCCAGCCACGCUGGUGCCCGGUCACUCCUGAGCCAGCCUCAGCCUGGGUGGCCGGCACCCCAGGACCUGCCUCCAGGGGGGCAGCAAAGCAGGAGGCCAGUCAUCCCCACAGGGUGGGCGGAAGGGCAGGGUGGGCGAAGGCAGACCUGCUUACCUGAAACUAACUUGAUUUGUCAGGAAUGAAGCUCGCCUUGUCCCCGGCGCACCCCCUUUGCAGACAAGGUGAGCGAGCAGCGGCUUGGGGGUCACCAGCAGGGGUGGCGUUAGUCCGAAAGGCCUGGGGCCACGUGGGCCACUGCACACCCACCUUUUGGCCCAAAGAUGCCCUGAGCACACACUCGCUCCCCGCCAGGUGCGCGUGGGGAGCUGGCUUUUCAACACGAGAACAGGUUGACUGAUAAACAAGCCCCACAGAGUCCCGUCAGGUGGGCCUUGUCUGCGGGAAAAUCCUAAAUGUCAAUCUGCUUGGGGGCGGGAAGGGGCGCAGACAGACUCGGCAGGAAGACCUGGUGGCUGAUUGACAAGGGCUGGCCGAGCGGCCACCUGCACACUGACCUGCACGUCCUGCCCAAACCGCCUGGGCCGUGGUCUUGGUCCUUGAAGGGUGACCUGGCAUCGGGACGCGGAACCACACCACGCGCUUCUCUGGGAGGUGCCGCCCCUGCCUGCGGUGCUGCCCCCUGGACAGGGGUGGUUGGUGCCAGAGGCGGGAGCACCAGGGUGGGCAGAGGGACCCGUGUUCCUCCCGGAGGCUGGGCCAGAGCCACCAGGAGGCACCUGGUUGGCACUCAGCUUUCUGACCCAGGCGCCCCUGAGAGACCCGUGUCCUGGGCUGAGCAGAGCCUUUCUCUGCUGUCAGCAUCGCUGUCACCAGGCCCCAGGCUGCAGGGGGGCAGGGAGAGGCCACCCUGACCUGAUGAAGUGCGGGGGGGAGGGGUCCUUACACAGCCAGCAUGGAAGGGCCUCGGAAUAAUGCCCCCCAAUCCUGAGCUCGUUGACCAGCGCUGGGGCUGGCAGCGUGGGGUGACGUGGGCAAGAACAGGCCUGAGUGCUCCCCGCAGGGCCCCUGGGUCCCUCCACGCUCCAGGGCCAGCUCCCCCCUCCCCCGCCCCCACCCCCACCCUACUCCGCCCCCCGCGCAUCAAAACCUGUGUCCCGGGCAUCAGCACCCUGGGCUGCUCUUUGAGGCUCCCACCGGCUCCUGGCAGUUGAGUGACAUGAAAGACCCCAUGGGAAACAGAACCGUGGGAAUGGGCCUUCUUGCCCGGGGUUGGCUGGGGAGGGGGAUUUCCCGACCCUCCCCCACCGGCUGGGGGCUGCUGAGGACUCACGGGGGGAACACCCUCCACAGAGAGAAUGUUAACACUGUAACAAUAAACACUACUGCACAGCG